GCCGCUGUGGCCCGGGUGGCAGUCGGAGGGGUCAAGUCCUCGAGCAAUGCCUUUAGGCUUUGGAGAAGUGGCUGGGAAGCCGUGCUGAGGAGAACUGGGCCACCAACCAUAACCGCGAGCUUGGCUGGUGGGGGGCACGAUUCCUUACUGUUCCUUUGUCUUUUCCUCCGUAGCAUUUUUGGACAAAGCCAUUCGCUCGAGCGUGUGUGCGCGCUGCCCUGAUGGUAAGGUCGCCAAAGGUCUCUCGCCAUGGUGGUCUGAGAAUCUUAACUCCUGUGCACAUGCAGUGUGCGAGUGCUGCGGGAAGCCACUGCGCGGCGCAGCAGCCCGCCUGGACUUUCACCACGACAGCCUCGUCCGUGCGCGUGGCAGAUGGGGUCAGCGUGGACGCUCGGAUUUCCACUCCGAGUUCACGCCCAUGGGCGGGGGCGGUGUUCGCCCACGGUGGUGUCUUUGCCCUGGGCAACUGCGAGAGCCAGGCGGGAGUGAGCGCCAUGCUGGCCCGGAUGGGCGUCGCUGUCGUCGCCACGUCGUACCGGCAGGGCGCCGCAGCGGUGGCUGGCACGCGCUCGCGCUUGCCCGGGAGCCCUACCGGCUGGCGCUCGCGUUCUGCAUCGCACUGUGCCCGGUGGCGCAUCCGGGCAUACGAGCUAGGUACCUGCGCAGCUGCAUGAACGGCACAGCCGCUCGCGACGGCUACACCGUGGCCCUCGCUCCAGAGGAGGCCGCGGGGAUACUGCAUCUGCAGACGGGGUACUGGCAGACAGAUGGUGCUAUGGACGCCGCCGGAAACUUGCUACUUUCGCCCAGCGAGGUGCCAACCUUCGUGCUCUUGGGCUCCGCUGACAAAACGUCCCCGCGCAGGCGACGAGCGGCGUGCGGGCCUGGGCCGCGGAGACGCUCGUGCUGCCAGGGCGGGGGCACGAGCUGCAGGAGGGCCCGCCCGGGGACGGCGGCGCCGCGCCGCUCUACGCCGCCAACCUGCGGCGCUUCCUGCGCUCCGCGGUCCGCGGCGGGACUGGAGGGCCGCGCGCCCCGCGGGCUGCGCUCUGACAGCCUCGGGCGGGAGUGGCCCUGGUCUGCCCAGAAAGCUCGCGAGGGCGCCCUCGCCCCGUGUAGCAUGUUCAGUCUCAGAGGGCCAGCAGGUUUCAUCACCGUCGACGGCACAGCCGAGAUCGGCGAGUUCUUUCUCACCGUCCAUGAGUUCUGGGGCGCAGGAGCCCAAAGCCUCAGCAGGGAAGGCUUCAGGCUCACCAGCUGCAUCAUCUCGUUCGAGCGCGCCGCGCCGGUGCCGCGCCGGGAGCUGCUGCGAGCUGGUGCCGUUGCGCUGCCAGCGGCGGCCGGCGGCCCCACGCGGGCGCGGGCCGCGGCAGCCGCCGGGGACCUGGAGCUCGGCAAGCUGGUCGUGGGUGCCUGGGCUUGGGGCGAUCGGACCUUCUGGAAGUACGACGAGUCCCAAGACGCUGACAUCCGCAAGGGUUUCGACGCGUGCGUGAGCGGCGGGGUCAAGUGGUUCGACACUGCGGAGCUCUAUGGGCCUGGCCGGAGCGAGGAGCUCCUGGGCAAGUUCAUACGCGAGAGCGGCGCAGAUGUCAAGGUGGCCACCAAGUUCGCGGCAUUCCCCUGGAAGCUCGACCGGAGCGACGUGGUGAAGGCGUGCAAGAGUUCGUUGGAGAGGCUAGGCCUGCCCUCCGUGGACCUCUACCAGAUCCACUUCCCGUCCGUGUGGCGCAACGAGCUCUUCUGGGACGGGCUGGCGGACUGCUAUGACCAAGGCCUCGUGAAGCACGUGGGAGUGUCGAACUACGGGUCCGCAGGGCUGCGCGCUUGCCACAGCGCCCUGAAGGCGCGCGGAGUCCCGCUGGCGACGAACCAGAUCCAGUACAGCCUGGUGUACCGGUUCCCCGAGCUGAACGGCAUGAAGGCCACCUGCGACGAGCUCGGGGUCAAGGUGCUCGCCUACAGCCCGCUCGGGCUCGGGACCCUCACCGGAAAGGCCUCGCUCGACCGCCUCCCCGACGGGCCGCGUGCGAAGAUCUUCGAGAAGCUGCUGCAGGACCCGGCGUGGCCGGGUCUCGACAGCACCAUGCGGGAGGUCGCCAGAAGCCACGGGCCAGACGCUGACCCGGCACAGGUGGCGCUGGCGUGGUGCGUAGCAAAGGGCACUGUGCCCAUCGCGGGGGUCCGCAAUGCCAGGCAGGCCGAGAGCGACGUGCUGUCGACGAGGCUGCAGCUCUCCGAGGGGGAGGUGGCCGCGCUGGACGCCGCGGCGUCAAAGGUGGCCCCGUACAUCGCGCCAGAGGACAGCCCCUUCAAGGCCCUGAGGGUGUCCCUGGACACCAAGCAGGAGCUCUACGAGGCCUGA